CGAGUCCUCCGUACUGCUGGGACCAGCGUAGGCAGACCGAAGAGUUGGAGCCAGAGACAGCGAGUUAACCAACCGUGCGCAGGCAGGACGCGGAGCAUCUUGGAACUCGACUUGAACAUGUUCCCAUCUCUGUGGCAUGAUCACGCAGCUAGGCCUAACCCUGGUGGUGGGGUUAACCCUAUGCUUGGUACACGUCCAGGCUUUGCUGCAGGUUCCUGAGCUUCCCUUUUCUGUGCUGUGGAAUGUACCCUCAGCAAGAUGUAAGACCCGCUUUGGUGUGCAUCUGCCUCUCGAUGCUCUUGGCAUCAUAGCCAACCAUGGCCAGCGUUUUCAUGGCCAAAACAUCACCAUCUUCUAUAAGAACCAGUUCGGUCUUUAUCCUUACUUUGGACCUAGAGGCACAGCCCACAAUGGGGGAAUCCCUCAGGCUGUGUCCCUAGACCACCACUUGGCACAAGCUGCCCACCAGAUCCUCCACAACCUAGGAUCUAGCUUUGCUGGCUUGGCAGUGCUGGACUGGGAAGAAUGGUACCCACUCUGGGCUGGGAACUGGGGCACCCAUCGACAAGUCUACCAGGCAGCCUCCUGGGCUUGGGCACAGCAGAUGUUCCCUGACUUGAACCCUCAGGAACAGCUCCACAAAGCCCAAACUGGCUUUGAGCAGGCUGCCCGUGCACUGAUGGAACACACACUGCGGCUGGGCCAGAUGCUUCGCCCACAUGGGCUCUGGGGCUUUUAUCGAUACCCAGUCUGUGGCAAUGGCUGGCAUAAUAUGGCUUCCAACUACACAGGCCACUGCCAUCCAGCCAUCAUUACCCGAAACACCCAGCUGCGUUGGCUCUGGGCUGCCUCCAGUGCUCUCUUCCCUAGCAUCUACCUCCCACCCAGACUUCCACCUGCCUACCAUCAGACCUUUGUACGACACCGCCUGGAGGAGGCCUUCCGUGUAGCCCUCACUGGGCAUGCCCAUCCCCUACCUGUUCUGGCUUAUGUUCGCCUCACACACCGGAGCUCUGGGAGAUUCUUGUCUCUGGAUGACCUAAUGCAGACUAUUGGUGUGAGUGCAGCACUGGGAGCAGCUGGCGUAGUGCUCUGGGGGGACCUGAGUGUUUCUAGCUCUGAGGAAGAGUGCUGGCGUCUCCAUGACUACCUAGUGGGCACUUUAGGCCCCUAUGUGAUCAACGUGACCAAGGCUGCCACAGCCUGCAGUCACCAGCGAUGCCAUGGCCACGGUCGCUGUUCCUGGAAAGACCCAGGACAAAUGGAAGCCUUUCUACAUCUGCAGCCAGAUGACAAUCUUGGAGCUUGGAAGUCCUUCAGAUGCCGUUGUUACUUGGGCUGGUCUGGCCCUACCUGCCUGGAGCCUAAACCCUGAGCCCAAGAAAACAACAUGGAUUCAGGA